AAAAAGAAGAAGAGAGAAACAAAACCUAAAAAUUCAAAAUUUUCUAUGACGAUUUUUUUACGAAAACUACAUUCCUAUUUUCCUUGUAAAGUUGUAAAUUCUAAAAUAGCCAUAAUCAGUACACUAUACCUAGUUAAAGGUUGAAUUUGAACGUUUUCAACUAACAACAAAUAAGUAGAAAAUGCUUUUCUAUUCUUUCUUCAAGUCCUUAGUUGGAAAAGAUGUAGUUGUAGAACUUAAGAAUGAUUUGAGUAUUUGUGGAACCCUACAUUCAGUGGAUCAAUAUCUGAACAUAAAAUUAACAGAUAUCAGUGUAACAGAUACAGAAAAAUAUCCACACAUGCUCUCUGUUAAAAAUUGUUUCAUUAGAGGUUCUGUUGUUCGCUAUGUUCAACUGCCUGCUGAUGAAGUAGACACUCAAUUAUUACAAGAUGCAGCCAGGAAGGAAGCAUCAGCACCAACAAGAUAAAUUGUUGACCUUUACUAAGCAUACCUUAGAUAUUUUCCAUCAUUCUGAAGAUUUGAUACCAAUUUUAUGUAAGUUCAAAGUGAUACUUGAUGCUAAGAUACCAUUAGUAUUUAUUUUUGGAAACAAAUGAUCAAUUCAUAGCUUAAGUUGAUGAAUUUUGAUGUAUGUGCAGUGUUCUAAUGGAAAGACUUGUAUGGAUAAUAAAUAUUGAUUCAUUAUA